GCUUAUCAUGAGGUACCCUCCGGCUUAUCGUCAGGUGUCAGGCCCGCUUAUCGUCAGGUAUCAGGCCCGCUUAUCGUCAGGUAUCAGGCCCGCUUAUCGUCAGGUAUCAGGCCCGCUUAUCGUCAGGUAUCAGGCCCGCUUAUCGUCAGGUACCAGGCCCGCUUAUCGUCAGGUAUCAGGCCCGCUUAUCGUCAGGUACCGGGCCCGCUUAUCGUCAGGUAUCAGGCCCGCUUAUCGUCAGGUACCAGGCCCGCUUAUCGUCAGGUAUCGGGCCCCCUUAUCGUCAGGUACCAGGCCCGCUUAUCGUCAGGUAUCAGGCCCGCUUAUCAUCAGGUACCCUCCGGCUUAUCGUCAGGUAUCAGGCCCGCUUAUCAUCAGGUACCGGGCCCGCUUAUCGUCAGGUACCAGGCCCGCUUAUCGUCAGGUAUCAGGCCCGCUUAUCAUCAGGUAUCAGGCCCGCUUAUCAUCAGGUACCGGGCCCGCUUAUCGUCAGGUACCAGGCCCGCUUAUCGUCAGGUAUCAGGCCCGCUUAUCGUCAGGUACCAGGCCCGCUUAUCGUCAGGUAUCAGGCCCGCUUAUCGUCAGGUACCGGGCCCGCUUAUCGUCAGGUAUCAAGCCCGCUUAUCGUCAGGUAUCAGGCCCGCUUAUCGUCAGGUACCGGGCCCGCUUAUCGUCAGGUAUCGGGCCCGCUUAUCGUCAGGUAUCAGGCCCGCUUAUCAUCAGGUACCGGGCCCGCUUAUCGUCAGGUAUCGGGCCCGCUUAUCGUCAGGUAUCGGGCCCCCUUAUCGUCAGGUGUCAGGCCCGCUUAUCGUCAGGUAUCGGGCCCCCUUAUCGUCAGGUGUCAGGCCCGCUUAUCGUCAGGUACCGGGCCCGCUUAUCGUCAGGUAUCGGGCCCGCUUAUCGUCAGGUAUCGGGCCCCCUUAUCGUCAGGUACCAGGCCCGCUUAUCGUCAGGUACCAGGCCCGCUUAUCGUCAGGUAUCAGGCCCGCUUAUCAUCAGGUACCGGGCCCGCUUAUCGUCAGGUAUCAAGCCCGCUUAUCGUCAGGUAUCAGGCCCGCUUAUCGUCAGGUACCGGGCCCGCUUAUCGUCAGGUACCGGGCCCGCUUAUCGUCAGGUACCGGGCCCGCUUAUCGUCAGGUAUCGGGCCCGGUUAUCCGUCCACCUGUACAGAUGGUGGUACCAAUAACCCCCCCUGAGAUGGCCUCGCUCCACCACUGUCUCCAGCAAUGUUCUGAUCCAGCUUGCUGUAAACUGGUCCUGAGGCGGGUCUCCGGUUCUGAAACCAGCACCAACCAGUGUUUGUCUUUGGUUCUGUUGGGUUUUGU